CUUCCUCGUCUGUGCGUCCCUUGUUCUAUAAGCAGGCACCUACCUACCUAAGAAGCUUUAAGCUGCUUACAGGCACCCUCAACCGCUAGAGACCCAGUGGCUGCCACAGCGUUUGCGUCUAAAAAAAGGUGGCGGACGGGACCCGGCUUCUGAUUGAUUCCUAACAAGGGCCCCAACGAUUCCCAACGUCAUACAGAGUCGCAACCAACGCACGUCGCAGCUGCCAAGUAAGACAGAAUUUCGCAGGGCGCGGACUGAGGCCACGAAUUUUAAACUCUGGGCAUCCCUCGGAACCUUGCCGCCUUUUCUUCUUUUCCUUGUUCCUUUAAAUUCUCUGCUCCCUUUGUUUUCCUUUCCACCAUCCAUCCUCCAUCUACAUUCGACUCAUACAUCAACCGUUUCGCCACUGAAGAAAGUCAAUUCCUGCGGGAAACAAUCAAAACUGAUAUUAUUGGACUUCUUUUUUUAAUCGACUUGCGUCCAAGGGUGCACGUCUUCCCUCUACUUUAUUCAGCCAUGGCUCCGACCGUGGAUAUCUUCGCUAGAGACGACGGCUGCGGAUAUGGAUAUUUCUUUGAUGGAAGGGUAUGUCGCCGCAAGAGCGGCUGGUACUUUUGGGGACGAUGGGUGCUCGCCGGUAUUGCCAUCAUUUUGGCCUUGAUUCUCUUAUUCAGCUGCUUGUGCAUCACACGACGAAACCGUAGGCGCGGUGUGCAGCCCGUGUACGGCACUGGUUGGUUCAGCGGCGCUCCUCAAGGCCAGCCUGCUGGAAACAACGGAAACAACAAAUACAACAAUGCCCACGAGAUGAACAACUACCAGCAGUCUGGAUACAACCAAGGUGGCUAUCAGCAGCCUGCCUACGGCGAGGGUUACGGAGGCUUCACCAGCCCUCCGCCAUAUGGCCAGCAGCCUGUGGGCAACCAGACAACGGGCACCACAUUCAACCCCAAUGACGGAUACAACACCGGCCAUCAAUAUGGUGUUCAGCAGCCUCAGGGCGCAUACCACCCCGGUGGUGAAUAUCAACCUCCUGCGGGACCGCCUCCAGGAAAAUAGGCAGACAUGGACCAGUCGCGACUUGAAGAAAGCUGAGACUUGAUUCUGGGUUUACGAAAAGAAUUACUGAAAACAUGAGAAAAAAGAGAGAGAUAAACGGGGACAGGGUCGGCCCGGCGUUUCGGUAUGAACAAGAGGACUACGGGGGAUUGAUAUCCAAAUUUGCUUUAUUUUUUACGAAGUGGAAGAAGGCUGUGAUCGGACAUGAUAUGCCUAGACGAUGAGACGGCGCCAAGCUAGCGGCUGAAUUGCAGCGAGCCAGGCUACUCUGUAUUAUAUGUCUUGUUAAUUUUAGUACAAUUUCAUUUGUGCCUGACAAUCGGGCUUUGAUAUGCACCUUACAUUGUGCAGUAGCUAUGGCAAGCGUUUGUGGCUCGACAGCAUCGACACUCGCACAGACGAAAUUGUGAUACGCAGAGAUUUUCGCGGGUGUCUUUGCAGUGAUACAGCCAAGACUGUUGGUGUUUGGAGGCCUCCUCUCUUGCCACAGAAGCGGGGAUUGCGUGGUGGCUAAGAUGCAUCAGACGCCGAGUGCAUACAGAUCCCGUCCAGUCUCUGCUCUGUACCACUUCGAAUAUAGGCUCUGUGUCCUACAUAUCCAAGUACUUCUAAUCGAUACAGCUAAAUGAGUCCAUAUCAAGUAUCAAUAGCCGUGUAAUAGCCGUCAGCUUGUGUUCUGCACGCUGAGUGGUCAUGUCCACUGCAUUAAAUGAAAGUGUCUACCUGAUGCUCGUUACGAGUGUCUAUCCUCAGUGGCACCAACAUUACCCAUAACUCAAAGUAUCUCUACUACAACGCACUUUUUUCCCUCUACUCUCAAAAUCGACCUUGAUUGUUGAUAUGCUCCCUAGCAACGCGAGGGGCACUCGCUGUUCUCCUUUUUGAGGUCUCAGAUGCCCACUUCGAGCAGCAGUAGGGAUAACAUAGUGCUGCCACUUGCAUACUAUCUCAGCACCUUUUACGUAUUAGAUAUCUAUUUUUGUUUUUAUUCUUUUUUAUUUUUUUCACGCUGAUGCAGCCAUUCAGGGGGGGAGCAGUUGUGGCUUUUCUUUCUUUUCUUUUUUUCUCCUGCCUGGCCCAAUCAAGACAGAGUAGACAAGCCUCAGUCCGUUAUAGUAGGGCUGUUUGUGAGGACGUGCGCCUGCGCCAAAAGCACUGGCCGGGUUCGACGGCCCGCAGAGCUACAGCAGAGCUUUUGGGGUCGGAGCUGAGGUUGCAAAGGAUGAGAGCUGAAGAGUGUGGCGGCCAAAUCUGCUGUACGAAGGAAAUUGACUAUUCUGCAGCCAGCAUUAAACAAAUCUUGGGGCAAGAGAGUGAAAGUAGAGAAUAAGAGCUGCUUCAAGAAAAGAAGAGACAAAAGAAAGAAAAAGAGGGUCCAAAUUGUCAUCCCCACGACCGUCUCUGCUAGCGGCCCCAUUAGGAAUUGGGAUCCUCUGGUGCUAAUUGCCCUUCUCGGCUCACGCAAGAACGUUGAUGGAUCCGUUACCAUGUAGCCUUUUUCAACUUGUCAUUUCAUCUCUUUUGCUUGGAUCAUGAUACGCUGAAACCGAUGACGUUGAAACUCCUUUUCUGGUCUUCCCUUAUUCUCACCUUUCGCCUUGCCGAUGCUUAUUUUGCGUGAUGACGGGUGGAUCUCUGGCUUUUCGUCCCUGGUCUGCUUCGGUAUCAAGUGCUGGUGGCGCGGGCAGAGCUGACGAGACCAUGUCGCCGCCUUCGGGUACCUGAAAUGGCGAGCUCUCUGCUUUGCGGAGUACAGGCGCUGCUGACGGGCAUGGAGUGCUACGGCAGCGGUAGCCGGUACGAGGCUCAGCUCGCGGCGAGGAGCUGGUCGCCCGGUACUGCUACUGCGACCGCUAACCAGCAG